AUGACUCAGCGUACUGUUCUCGUCACCGGUGCCACUGGCCUGCUCGGCCGGGAAGUGGCCAAGGCCUUCCGAGCGCGGGGUUGGUCCGUCAAGGGAACGGGCUUCUCUCGCGCCGACGGCGUCGACGUUCUCAAAGUUGAUCUGGGGGACAAGGAGGCAGUUGCCAAGGUGCUGGACGAGGUCAAUAAAAAAGGUGCCGCCGAACGUUUCCCAGACAAGGUAGAAAAGAACCCCGAGGGCGCCCGCGCCCUCAACAUCGAGGCCAGCCGUUCGCUGGCCAACCUGGCGGCCGAGCGCAAGGCCCUCCUCGUCUACAUCUCGACCGACUACGUCUUCCCGGGCGUGGAGGGGGAGGCACCCUACGAGGCCGACGCCACGCCGCGACCGACCAACCUGUACGGGCAGACCAAGCGGGACGGCGAGGUAGCAGUGCUGGACGAGUACGCGGCUGGGUCUGUGGUCCUGCGCGUACCGGUGCUGUACGGGCACGCCGAAUCUGCGUCGGAGAGCGCGGUCAACACGCUCAUGGACUCGCUGUGGAAGUCGCAGGCGCCGGGGGCCGAGGUCAAGAUGGAUCACUGGUCUCUUCGAUACCCCACGUGUACUGAGGACGUGGGGAGGGUCUGUCACGAUGUGGCCGUCAAAUAUCUCGAUACGGCUGGCCCGCAGCAGAAGGAGCUGCCAAGGAUCCUACAGUUUUCUAGCGAGGACAGGAUGACCAAGUACGAGAUCUGCCAAAAGUUUGCGGCCGUCCUGGGCCUCAAGACGGAGGGCACAGGCCUGGUGGCCAACACUGAAGGAAACGACCCUAACGCCUCGGUGCAGAGACCCUACGACUGCCACCUGAGUACCAAGGCCCUCAAGGAUCUGGGGAUCGAUGUAUCGACCGUGGGAUUCGACGACUGGUGGGGUCGGGAGGCCCACGUGUACCGGAGGUAG